GAUUGGCCACGCCUCUGAGCGCGAGGAGGCAGGCAGCAACGUGAGAGCGUCUGGUGGUGGUGGUGGUGGAGAGUCUGAUUGAAGGAGCUGCUCGGUGAAGAAACUACAGCGAGAGCGAGAGGAAGAAGAGCAGUCCAGCGGUGUUACUUUGACUCUUCAGACAGGACAUUUCCUUUUAAAAUGGCGUAUCACAGUCCGUACAAAGCUCCACCGCACAUCAACGCCCCUCCGGACCAGGGUUUUCUGUGGAAUAUCUUCCAGAGGUGAGUGAGUGAGUGAGUGGGGGAAAGGCGGUGUGUUUUCGCUGUCUCUGUCACUCUCUCCGCAGUGAAAACUGUGCGGAGUGCAAUGGAAAGGUUGGGCUGGGUUGUGCUGACACUAUUUCACUCACAGCCCGUCAUUAUUCUUAGAUUCGCUGGACUAUUUUUGGCCGAAAGCAGUGCUUCGCAGUGAAGAAAGUGAUAUAUUACUCCUCGGGUUUCCCCUCUAGCUUUGGCGCUUCCUGGUAAUUCAACUGCAUAGUGUGUACAUACUAAUCUAUCAGCUAUUACACACCACUUUGACCGCUUGUCACAAUACAGUGUUUGAGCAGCAAUUACCUAGGAGUGUCAUUGAGCAUUAUUACAGUCGCUGAAUACAUUGUAUUGAAGUCAGAAGCAAACAUAUGUCUCAACCAGGAAACGCUCCUAUGGCUCCUAUGGCGUUAAGAGUUGCCAAACUAGGGUUUAAGGACCUCCAGGAGUCCUUGAAGGCUUCUUCCUGGGUUCAUGAGGGACAGUUUCAUCAAAAUUACAUCUAUGUAAAAACAUAACUUGUUGUAUGAAUGAAACCAAGUCCUGGGUUUGUGUUUCCUGUUUCAGUUUGACAGUUGUGAGUUGACAUGACGCAGUGUGUGGGAUUCCAGCAUGAAUAUACUGAAAGAGGCUUGAUCAACAAUAGUAUGCAUGAUGUUUUCCAGACUCGUUACAGUGUCAGCGGCGGCGUUCAACCAGUGAUAGUCAUCAAUUUAAGCAUCGCCUGGAUCAAAAGUGUGUCAGCGGCUAAGAAGGUCACCAGAGAAGACAGAGAGAGGGGGGAAACAGUUGAUAGGCUCUGGCCCCCUGGUUGUAGUAAGCUAUAGAGUUAUGUAAUACUGCAGAGAAUUCUCCCCUGCUGCUUUGCUUUCUCACAACAUUGAGAUGCUGCACGCAUACAAGGCUUGAAACACUCUUAAGAAAUUAUUUAUGUGUGGUGCGAAACCCCUCAGAUGUCAAGUUGAAAGUACCCGUCAUGUAUUCGCCCUAUUGCAAAUUUCCAUUCAAAGCCAUGUAUCGUCAUAUUUGUACAUAUGUAGUUGUUAUCAAUUAUGUCAUACGAAAGAAAGACCCUCACAUGAGCAUUAUGCUGCAACAUCUGCUGCCUCUUGGUGAAAAUCUGGCAGAGCUGUACUGGAAUUCCCUCAGUCAUGUGAUCAGAGUCAGUAGAGCAUACUUGACGCAGGAGGCCUCUUAAUCUCUGUGACACACACACUUUUACAACAUGACUCACCACCACAGCAGUCUUUGUUAAUCCAUUCAUUUUAAGUGUGAUUUUAAGUCGUCUUUGUUCGAUUAUCUCAGGGGCGGGGAUGGAGCUAUUCAUUCUCGCUGUGUUUGGCGCUGUGAAUGGAAAAGGUACGCUGCAGUCGGACUUCGCUCUGUAAAUUUAGAAGUUUUGGUUUUCCACUCGGGAGCCACGGUUACGCUGCCUUCGUUUUGGACCCUCUGUGUGGAAAGUAGGCCAUACUCCAUCCUAAUUGCGCCAUAGGAAACAUUGAAACAUGGGAAAACUGAGCAAGGUUUUAUGUUGUCUGUCUUUUUCGUACGAAACCUGUAUCUCAGAGUGUGGAGAUGAGAAUAGCAGAUGUUUGACUUGCUGUGCUGCAGGCAAGAAAGUAUCCUGGUGUUUUAAUUGUUCAACUCACUUUCUGAAAGGGUCUAAGUGAGGCAACUUCAAGUGACGCAGGAGUAAAUGGAUGAUGGGAAGGAGGGGGAUGAGGUGGGGUCAUUUUAACACACUCUCUUCUUUGAGUUAAUCAAUCAGUGUUUGGUAAAGGUUGGGUUCGACCCCCUUCAACCAGCACCAGUCCAGCUACACCUCGGUUUCACCUUGACAAAGCGCUCAUUUAUGCAUGCAUGCUACGAGCUGUUUCUCUCUGAGCAGGCCAAGCAAGCCUCUCUCUGUUUGUUUUUCUUUAUUUAGUUGGGGAAGGGUAAAACAGCCAAGAUGGCUCCAGACGUGAAAACAUGAGUGCACACGAAGCGUCACAGCUGUGAGUGGAAACACAGCCCAUAAAGUCAGCACUGGGCCGGCUCUGUGUGUGUUUUUUUUCUCUCUCUCUCUCUCUCAAAGGGGGUUCCCUGUCUCCUCCCCUCUGUCUUAUUUCCCUGCUGGUAUUCAGAGUGUGUUUGUUGAGCGUGAUCUGUAUUGGCAGGUUGGGCCAGGCAGGUUGCUAAGGAACAACUGAGUCACUGGAUGUUUGACUAGGCUGUUUUCACACUGUGAACUCAGUUUUUGUGUCACAGUCCAGCCUGUUGGUGUUUUCACGUUUCUAAAUCGGUGUCAGAACUCUCUAUCUUGUCCAAAUGACGGUUUAACAAACACUCUACCAGUUUUUUGUAACAAACGCCUUUUUCAUUUGGCGGGUUUUCCUUCAUGGUUCUAAGUUUUUCCAAUAAACAGCUUGAUGUUGGUCAGGAGCUGAUGACACAUUCGUAAAGUAUGUCUCAGCUGAACUCUCCUCUCAUUCUGACCAAACACAAGUAAGAAAAACAACUCCCGUAGGUUACUGAAAAGCAUCAUGAUCCACUCAUCUUCACAGGUUAAGUGGCAUCUAUUCAAUCUGUUCGUAAGUGAUGACACACCAGCGCACUCGUGACCUGCCAGAUGCUCAAUAUUUUCCUCUUUAACUCCAAAGCCUAUCAGUAUCCUCCCACCUUUAGUCAAUGAAGUGUGACUUUCUGAUCCUUUCAUUCAUCAACCUGCAAAGCCAUCACCUCCCCCGAUAGGUGUGCACUUAAGCUUUAACAGAUUUAGCUUUUAACACCAACACAUCAACCGUUUACUUAAAAGGGGGGGAGCCAAGUGAUUAUCACAUCAAUAACCUGGAAGCACUGCAGUUAUUCAUUACUGUGGGAAAGGAUUACUCAAUUUCACUGAGACACCUGACUCAAGGCUCUGAGUGUGAAGGUUGUCUGUACUUCUUUGUUUUCUAUCCUUGUAAAAGAAAAUGUGUUAUUUCAACCGACAGAAAAAACAAUGUGAUGGUGUUACCGUGAACUUCUUGUCGUGGUUUUUUUGAAGGGUUUCUCCUGAUCUAUUACAGGAUGUCAGGAAGGGCUUGGACAAUAUGCUUUCCUCCCAAUUCGAUUCGUCUAGGAUUUUUUGGAUGACGAUUUAAAAUUAAAUUCCGAUUCUACUAUAUGGACCAUUUUCUCGAUUUUUAGUCAACAUAUUAACACCAGUAAAACAGUUGAAUGCUUAUGAUUGUCUCCUGAUUAUUCCAUAUUUUCAACCAUAUUUCCCCCAAAAAUACAGAUCACAAGUAAUUCAGUUUUUAAGAUUUAUUCUUCAAUCGCUUUUUGAACAUAAAGUUUGAUUUAAAAUUCGUAGAACAAAAAAAUCAUGAUACUUAUGUGAAUCGAUUUUUUCUCCCACCUUUAGGAGAUAAAUUGUGCAAAGAGAUAAACCAAAAGACGACUCAAGCCACUGUCCCUCUAACCCCCCACCCCCCAGCAUUCCAGAGCCCUGCAUUCUUGGAGCCUCCUUCGCUGUUGCCAUGCGACAAAGUUGUGCUAAAAUGACAAAUAUGCUCCUUUAAGGAGAUUCAUGUUUAGUGAUGUCACAAUUUGAGCAAAUCUCAUCUUGAUCUCGCUGAAUUCUCAUGAGACUUUGUGAACAAGAUAUUCAGAGCACCAUGUAGUCCCAUGUGGGUAUUACGUCAACACAUUAUAAACUCAUAAUUUAAAACUUGGCUCAUGUUUACUAAUGUCCAAUAUUUAAACUCAACAUUUGUUUUAAUAUAAGAAUGAAGCACAACAGCACCUUGUUGAGUAAAAUUGGACAAGUAGGGAUUUUUUAUUGUUAUAAAGCAUUUCUUCAAAUUAGAUUAUUUCAAAUAAUUUUGAACUUAUUCAAUGAAACCUGCAGUGAGAGGGGGUUUGUUUUGUCUUGACCACUAAUCCAACAGGUUCUCUUUUAGAUCCCGUUAAAAUAGAUUUUAGGUUCUGAUUCAACCUAAAUUCUUGCAGGCUAAUACCAUGCUGGUAACAUGACAAGCUAUUAGUAGCUCACAUUCAGUUUCACUUUACCGUCCUUACGUCAACACAAACACACACUCGGAGCUUGUCUGACCAGUCUCAGGGGAGCUCUGAGCAUACAGACUGGUGUGUGUAUCCUGAUCACAGGACUCCAUUCAUCCUCCCUCAACUGUUGAAAAACACACACGUGCUCAACGGGAUAGAGUUUCAGCUGGCAGGCGGUGGUGCUCGCUCUUAUUGUGUGUCGGAGUGUGUGGGUGUGUGAAGUUGAUAAUACAAGCGGUAUCUAAUCUAUGUUUUCCUUCCCCAGGGUGGACAAGGACCGAAGUGGAGUGAUAUCGGACUCAGAGCUUCAGCAGGCCUUAUCGAAUGGUAUGAAUCAGAGUCUUGACUGCUCUGCCACUCCCUUUAACAAUUCCUUUUUUUUCAAACAGCACCUUUCGUCCCUUUCUCCCAUUUCUUCCCUCUCCCUCUUUUUUAUCACUCCCUCUCUUUCCCUUUUUUUACUUCCCUCCAUCCCUCUCCCAUCAAGCUGUUACACCCCAUUGCUCUCAGCCACGGUUUGAUUUAAAAAAACUGCCAAGCCGAAGCGGAGAAUGGAUUGUGAUUUUAUUUUUACCCCCUAGUUGUAGGUGAAAAGUUCAUCAGCGUGUAGCUUCAGAAAAAACGUUUCAGAAUGCUUUGUCUUCAUCGUGGUGACAGCAGACUCAAAACUGCUGCAGCUCAUGAUUGAAAAUUUGUUUGUGUGUGCAUGGAGUUGCAUCAUAGUCCUCUGCAUAUCUGUAUACUAACAUGGGAGGAACUUUAUAUUCACAACAGAGACUUGUUUGAACUGUUAAAGAGAAUGAAACAUCACGCUGUCUUACAGUUUUCAUAUCGGCUGCAGUGGAAAUUGGAUAAUUUGUUAGUCAAAGUUUGCAGUGACAUCAUCUCUAAACCACUCCAAGUGUUGUUUUCUGCAUUAUAUCUUCUCUAAAUCAAAGUUUUAACUCUCGCACGUCUCUGAAGAUUAACACUGAUACUGAAACAUCUGCAAAGCGCUCUUACCCUCCGGUGUUUCCUCCCUCUGUUUAAGACUGGAUGCUGCUUUAUUGGAGUGCUCGAACAACCAAAUCUGUAUUCCAAGUGUUACAUUUACACAGAGAAUUAAGCACAUCUCAUGUUGCUGUUUUUCAUGCAUCCCAGUGGGAAUGCAUGGAAAUAAUGCAAAUAAAGCUAAGAGAGCAAAUGUGUUUUAUAAGAAAUGAGAUUUCCUUUUCUCUGCAGCACUAAAGCAACAUCCAUUUAAAGUGACAGCAGCGGAGGAUCAUGGCUGGAUCUGUUGUCAGUCAGCUUUAAUAGCUUUGUAAGAUAAAGGCUUACUGUUAAUUUACUGGUGGGGAAAACAGGCUCAGAGCUAACACUGUCAGAGUGUUUUCUCUCUCUGCAGUGAAAACCUGUAUCAGUGCUUAUUCUGUGAAUGACAAAUAUCCAAUGUCCAAGCCACUGCAUUGUCAUCCCCACUUAAAACUCUGGUAAUUUAAAGUAAAGGUAAAUAUAAUGUAAUCAAUAACUGAUAGCCAACAAGGGUUGGUGUCUGUCAGUAGGAGAUUCUGUGGGAACCAAUUAUGGGUGUCUUCUUUAAAGCUCCUAAAAAAAAAUCCCUCCUCUCUCCUUAAUCCUAUCUUCCUUCAGAGGAAUGCUUAACAGCUUGGAUAAUAUGUGAGGGGGUGGACGGAUACUAAAAUGGUCUGUAGUUCAAGUCAGGAGUGAGUGAGGAGACAUCACAUAACAGACUGAGGGUGUGUCUGUGGUCCUUAACUGAAAAACAAAAAGUGAAAGUGAAAAACGCAGUUUGAAAAAAGGGGAAGAGAAGCUUAAAUCAUUUGAUUAAAUGAUCAAAAUGAGGUGAAAUUUGGAUGUGUGACAGGUGUGGCAGCAGUAGAGAAGCAGACAGGAAAUAUUUGGAUUUCAAUUCUGUGCUGCGAAGUUGGACUCCAUCAGAAAAAGAGAGAACAAGGGCGUCACAGCUGCAUGUCAAAGAAGCAUGAUCAUCACUUUUGGAGCUCAGUAGGAGAUGGAAGAUUCAGGCCGCCUCCGUUCCCAUCAGACCAAAAAAAAUCCAGUUGUGAUUCAGCGAGGCAGUGUGAGGAACGCUGCUGAAUAAAUGAUACAGGUCAUCUUCUCCUCUGCUCAUUCUCGCAAGUGAAGUCAGUUUUACUCCUGUUUGGACCGAGCGCCGUUGAAACAGCCGUGUCCGUACACACAUGGGCACCGGCAUCCUUUUUGACCUUGCUCACGGUGAGACAGUAGGGGUUUGAUCCAGUAAUGAUUAAUGUGACGUGUUUUUAGAGAGGAGGGCUGCUCAGAAACUCGAGCACAGGUUGAUGUUUGUCCUCUCAUUAAAAUAUAAUGCGUUCCCCAUCGACUUUAUGGCUGAGUUGCUCCGGCAGCUUUUCAAAGACUUCUGAAACAGAUUACUCUCAGAAACCCAUUUUUUUCCGGGCACUUCAGAGAGAGAGAGGGGGAAAAAAAAAGUGUCGAAGCCAGCAGCAGAGAAAGAAGCUGUUAUCAGGCUGCGCAGCAGCUCUGGCUCAGCAUACUGAUGAGUGUGUUAGUGUGUAUUUGUGCAUGCAUGCAUGAAAAUGCGUGUUUAUCGUCAGUCUAUAGAAGGGUUGCUCAUUUUGUCCACAUUCAUCUUAAGGGUCCGUGAGAAGCCGCUUGAUUGUCGUCGAUUCAGACCGUAUGUGUCUGUUUUUGUCCGAGUUGUGUUGAUUUGCACCUCGCUGUGUUUGUGCUUGUAGUGAGCGGCAGGUUUCCCGGUCCAGUCUUCGCCAGCUCACUGGGCGCUCUGUGAUAUGAAACAGGGCCAGCAAGGCUGAACACAUACUGCAGCACAUCCUGUCAGCCUGCAAAAGCCACCAACCACUGCUCCUGUAUGUCUGCCGCGUCUCGACUGAGCACACCAAUGAUUCUAUAAUUUGGUUUCACGCCAUCAAACAAGCUUUGUCAGCCAUGCUCCUGCUGGCCCCCUUGACCUCUACCUCUUAUUUUCUCCUUCCUACCUCUUUCUUCCUUUAGUCCUCCUCCCUAAGGGCGGUAAAGUGCAGAAAGGACCAGGGCUCAGGAGGCUGGAGAGUAAAGCAGGGGUUUUUGGAGCUUUGCUGUUGCAGUCAUCCUCUGAUGUCUCCACACAUGAUGCUUUUUCUCUUUUUUAUCUCCUCUAUCUAUAGCAUCUGCCUUUUAAUACCUCUAAAAUCUUCCGCCCUUCCUUUGUUUGGUCCCAGUUGUUUUUUUUUUUUUGUUUCCUUCUGAGGAUGUCAUUUUGCAGCCUGUCUUUUGUCAAGUGAUGGCAGGCUUUGUGGGGUGGAGUGAUGCUGCUAUUUUAGUUCUAUAAACUGGAUCAUACAAAGAGACUUCAUGUCUUACUUCUUACAGCAGAUUAUUGUUUUACUCACAUUAUUCUAGAAAGAACACAAUUACAUGUCAGCAUGAGACUGGAUGAUUUUCUUUGCAUCACUUCCUUUCUGUCCUCUAUGCUUUAUUUUUUUCAUGUCUUCUCUUCCCUCCUGUUUCCUCUCCUCUCCUUUCCCCUCCUCUCCUGUCCUGUUCUCUGUUCUGCUCUCCUCUCCUCCUGUCUCCUCUGCUCUCCUCUCCUCAUGUUUUCUCUCCUCUCCUCUCCUCCUGUCUCCUCUACUCCUGUUUCCUCUCCUCUCCUCUCCUCUCUUCAUCUCUCCUCUCCUCCUGUUUCCUCUCCUCUUCUCCUCUCUCUUCCCCUCCUGUUUCCUCUCCUCUCCUCUCUCUCCUCUCCCCCAAUUCCUCUCCUCUCCUCUCCUCUCCUCUCCUCCUGUUUCCAUUACUCUCUCUCCUUAUCUCUCCUCUCCUCCUGUCUUCAAUCCUCUCCUAUUUUCUCCUCCUGUUUCCUCUUCUCUUCUCUUCUCUUCUCUUCUCUUCUCUUCUCUUCUCUUCUCUUCUCUUCUCUCCUCUCCUCCUGUUUCCUCUCCUCUCCUUCUCUCUUCUCCCCUGUCCUCUUCUCUUCUCUCCUCCUGUCUCCUCUCCUCUUCUCUCCUCUUCUCUUCUCCUGUUUCCUCUCCUCUUCUCUCCUCCUGUUUUCUCUCCUCUCCUCUCCUCUCUAUUCUGCUGCCCACAUUCCUCAGGAGAUUAUGGCACAGACUCAGCGCCUGCUGUGUCCUCUGUCUUUCUGUCCCCUCUUUGUCUCCCAUAUGCUUCCUCACUUCUUCUGCUCUUUUUUCCUCUCCAUCCUCCCUCCCCUCCCUCCCCUCCUCCCCCUCUCCCUCUCACACCAGUCUAGGGUGUGACAAUAAAACCCUCCCUGAUGAGACUCACAGAUUGGCUCUGAGCUGACAGAGUGAAAGUCCGUGUCUGUGUUUUGUGGACGUCUUUCAGCUGCACCAUUUGUUAAAAAUAUGACACUUCAGGCCUCCCUCUAUUUCAGCGGUGAAUAGACAUCUUACCAGCAUACUCCCCCACUCCGCUGCUGAUUUAUACUCCUUCUCCAGUUAUUUAUUUAAGUGUGUAGGAGCACUUAUAGACACUAAAACUGCUGAUUCGAAUGAGAGAGCGCAGGCUCGCUGUGCAGAUUGCAGAGUGGGCUGAAUGGCAGGACUCAAACAGCUCGCUCAACAACUCUUACCUCGACUCGGGUACAGAUGAAUCGAUUGUUAAAAGUUGGUUACACAUGUUGAGCUGCCAAGUAUCCUGCACUGAUUUGUUUAGAUGGUAUGAGUUUUUGAACAUUUUUUCAAACCUGCUGCUUAGGGCUGGACGAUAAACCUAAAUUUACCAACAAUGAAAUUUAUGACGAUAAUCGAUGUCAUUUUGCCCAUAUCGGAUAUUCGGUUUGCAGAAAUCACCUCCCUUUGAGUCUUUGGAAAUAACUUUUUAAUAUUUGGUCCAAUAUUUAUUCCAAACUCUGUCAGUCGUCUGUAAACUGAUGGUCACUACAUUUUGAGUGAGCUCUCCCUAGGGCUGGACGAUAAACCAAAAAUUUACAGAUACCAAAAUUUAUGAAAAUAACCAACAACAUUUUUCCCAUUUCAAUAUUCGGUGUCAAAAAAAUAAAUGCAUAAAAGUUGUUUUUGGAUGCGUGUAGGUAGGCUAUGGUCUCAUGUCAGAGAGGUGACUCUACCCCGUCCAGUCCGGAACAAAAGAGGGAAAGACAGGUGAGGAGAUGGAGGACGGUUCAAAAGUUGUAGCGGCGGAAGUAGACGAAGUUAAUGUGGGAGGGAGUGAGCAGCUUGUGGAGUAGUUAUCUCAACUGCUAAAUAUGUUGUGAUAUUGAUUUAAGGCCAUAUCACCCAGCCCUACUGCUGCAGUAUUUAUGAUUUAUGUAAACAGCAUUAUUAUUGUAAGAGAUUUCCCAACAGGCACUUUUUAUUGUAAGAGAUUUGUUUAUUUGAGAGUGAUAGAUGGCGGUAUUAAUCAUUAAAGAGUUUAAUAUGAUUUAAUUUUUCCCUUUAUGACCCAAAAUCAAAUCCUUGGAUAUGCCGGGUACGUGUACAAGAGUUUCUCAGAGCUCCAUCACAACCGUUAAAUGUAUUUGUUUACUCUGCGGUUAGCUCACUCUGUUUUUCCACCAGCCUGCCUCUCUCUUCGCCCCGUAUACUCACCCUCUCCCCUCCUCCUCCUCCUCCUCCUCCUCACCCCCUGGCGGUUGAGCUCUCCAGUGAGAGAGCCCAGUGUGAGGACUGGACAGAGGAUGUAUUGUCCCAGUUGGCCAUCAGACGUGCACACGGGACGCACACAAACAGCCCAGCCAUACUGACCAUCUCACACCAUGCAGCCGCAGUCUGUCUGGUAUUCACUGCUGACCUCACAGCUUGCUACUGGUGUGAAGAGAGUUUGCUUCUAUGUGAGCGGAAAGGUCAUGGUUUAUUCUCCUUUUUCUGCCUUUGGUCAUUUUCCUGGUGGCUCUAAUGCUGGAGAAGCUUUUAUCAGAUGAUGUGAUUGAUGUUUGGUUUCUGUGUCUGAUUGCUAUGACUACAUGGAGUCAGUCUACAGCGCUUCAACCCUCCCUGGUCGCAGAGCAGAUGUACCCAAAGGCCCAAGAUAGCCUCACCCAUCAAUAAAGCAAACCAAAGUUGUGAAAAAUGUAAAAUACUGAGUGCCGUCUCCGUUCCGCCCCAUUUUUCAUUUAUUUGGACACUUCAGGGCGAAUCCGAAAGCAGAAACUUCAACUUAAACUUCAACGAACAGCAACACACCAUUUCUGUUUCUGUUUUUGCUUGCGUUGCUUUCAUUUAAAUGCGGUGCUCCAUUUCAAAGAGCGACUUGUCUUAACUCGUAUCUGCAAACCCACUUAGGAACCGGGCAGCGUGAAAAAGGUUCGACUCUGUAUCAGGGGGUUGUUAAAAUUCUGCAGAUGCUGUUUUUGAAACUGCAGAUAAAGUCGCGGGGAGUGAUCUGAGGUCAGCAAAAGUGAGAUCGAGUUCAACGAAAACUUCAAACUGCACAUAUAUAUUAGACUUCUUUUCUUUUCUUCUGUUUUAAUACCUCUCUGCUUUAAAGCUCCUUUUUUCUCUUUCUCCUAUCUCGUCUUCCAUCUUACCUCUGUGCUACCACCUCCUACACCCACUUGUCUUUAUUUCUGGUUUUGAACUGUCGUCCCUUCGUGUAAUGAAGUGAGAUGGUGUGUCAGCAAGGAUUUAGAUGUGCUGAUAAAUCUCAGUGUCUGGAGAGUUUAGAGUGUGAAGACGGCUGUAAAGUGAAACACGCCGCUGAACUAAAGCCUUAUCUGUCUUUUCCCGACUAGAUGACUGAAAUUUAUAUCCUCUUAUGAUUAAAGACUUUGUCCUGCAGCUGAAGGAUAUCAGUUUUGUUUGCUCAAAUCACCUCCCUUUGAGUCUUUGGAAAUAACUUUUUAAUAUCUGUUACAAUUUUUAUUCCAAUGUCUGUCAGUCACCUGUAAACUGAUGGUCACUGCAUUUUUAGUUAGAUUUCCCUAGGGCAGGGCGAUAUACCAAAUAUUUACCAAUACAGAAAUUUACGACAAUAACCAAUGUCAUUUUGCCGAUAUCCGUAUAUUCAAUGUCAAAAAUAUAUAUAUAUAUAUGAAUAAAUAAAUAACUAUGUGUAGGUAAGCUAUGGUUUUAUGUCCCAUUAAGACGCUGUCCUAUAGGGGUGGGAGAAAAUUUAGAUUUAUAUAAGUAUCGCAAUUUUUUGUUUUACAAUUUUUAAUUCGAUUUUUUUGUUUUUCAAAUUCAAGAAUAAAUCUUUAAGACUGUCUUGAUAUGUAUUUUUUUGGGGAAAUAUGGUUCCUGGAAUAGUCAGUGGACAAUCAAAAUCAUUCAACUGUUUCACUGGUGUUAAAAAUGCAGACUGAAAAUCGGGAAAAUUGACAAUAUCGUCAAAUUGCGAUUAAAAUCAAAUCGGCAUCAGAAGAAUCUUAUUGGGAGAAAAGCAUAUUGUUCCAGCCCUACUGUCCUACGUCAGAGACGUGACUCCACCCCACCCCGUUUGUAACAAAGAUGGAAAGACAGGAGGAUGGGAGAUGGAGGACGGUUCAAAAGUUGUAGCGGCUGAAGUAGACGAAGUUAAUGUGGGAGGGGGUGAGCAGCUUGUGGAGUAGUUAUCGUCCAUUUAUCGUUAUCGAGGUGAACUGCUCAAUAUAUAGUGAUAUUGAUUGAAAGCCAUAUCGCCCAGCCCUAGAUCUCCCUACAGUGAACCUUACACUGCCUUAUGUUUACCUGUAUCCUUCUGUCUUACAGGCACAUGGACCCCCUUUAACCCAGUGACAGUACGCUCCAUCAUAUGUAAGUAUCUGCAGACAGCAAUGUCCCACACUCAUUGUUUGUCCACAGACUAUGCAUGUUGUUUAUUUACCCUCCUCCCCAUGACGACAGGGUAACUAGAUUACAUUUUCAGUAGCCAGAGGGCAGGAACAGACUUGUCUUUGGUGCUGUAACUGCAGCUUGAGUGAAAACCUGCAGCCAUCAAUAAAAGCAGGAGGAAACAGGAGAGUUCGCCUCAAAGGGCGGCUACGAGGUGAUUCGGACUCUAAAUAUUGAUCUGUUUACACUCCCAGCUGUAAAAAGCAGCGGAGGUUAAAAACUUUGAUCACUUAAAGGCAGUUAAAGACUAGAACGGUCUUUUAUGAUCUUGUACCACAAUUUUUAACUCUUCCUCUGGGAUCUGACAAAAUUUGCAGCAAAUUUACUAUUAAUAUUUCAGUUUUUUCCUCCAAUCUGGGCAAAAACAUGUCAAAUAUUCUCCACAAGGUUCUCAAAUUCGCUGUGUUCCCUUUUUGUUGUGUGACUUGCAGAAUAAAUCCCGAUAAGUCCAUUCCCUUUUCCUUCUCCCCUGCACCACGCUCAGUAAAUCCAUUGUUUAAUACUCCCCCAGCAAGAAGCAUAUCCUGUGAUAACACUCCCUUUGUUUGGAGGUAAUUGGAUUGCAGCACAUGGGGGUGAGGAGUGGACUUUUUAUGGGGACGUGAUCAGCUAGUUUUAUUUAUAUAAUACAGUCUGACGAGGCAGGAGUAAGUCGAACAUGAGAGGCACAGUCUUCUCUUCUCCGUCCUCUCUGUUCUCUGGCAGCUCCAUCAAUUUCAUGUUGUUCCAUUUUGACUUUAUGAAGUGUGUGUGUGUGUGUAUAUAUGAAUAUAAAUUAAUAACAUCUUUUACUUCCUCUCUUUCUGCUCCAGCCAUGUUUGACAGGGAAAAUAAAGGCGGCGUGAACUUCAACGAGUUUGCCGGCGUGUGGAAAUACAUCACAGACUGGCAGAACAUCUUCAGAACCUACGACAGGGACAACUCUGGUUUCAUUGAUAAGAAUGAGCUCAGACAGGCGCUGACUGGAUUCGGUGAGCAGCAAAGUAUGGUUAUUUAUGUAUAAUUUGGCAAAUCUGGUGGAGGGCUCAGUAGCUGCUUCAAAGACUGUCUUUUCUCUGAGUCUCUAAGGUCGGCUCUUUUCUUACCGUCACCUCUGUGUUUGUCUGGAUUGACCUGCAUGCUGGUGGAAUUAAUUUAUAAUUAUCUUCUAUUUAUUAUAUAUUUAUAUUAUUUAAUUGUAUUAAUUAUAAUUUAAUAUAAUUAUAUUUAAUAUAUAUAAUUUAUAUAUUUAAAUUAUAUUAUAUUUAUUUAUUUAUAUGCUUCUAUAUUGGAAAGUGGCUGCAUUAGAGGAAAAUCCACAUAGUUAUACUACACACAUGCAUGCACAGAUAUCACAGAUAUAUGGACAGCAUGGACGGUGAAAGUGUACAAAUUAUUCUGCCUCACUUUUGGCUGAAGUGUCUUUUUUCAACAGUUGUUUUGCUUUCUUCCUCUAUUGUCUCCAGAAACUGUUAAUUUCAGGAGAAAAGGUGCAUGCUUUGGUUUUGAGAUUUUUCUGUCAGAUUCUCCUUUUCUUCUCUUUCUGGUUUCUUUGUCUUUGUCCACUAUUUGAACUUUAGAAAAGUAUUUCACACAAAAAAACAGGAGAAAAAUGAUAGUAGUAAUCACAGUUUUUUUCUAGAAAGUUAAGGUAAUAAAAAUCCAUGUGUCAGUUGAUGGUGUCUUGUGAAAAACACCUUUCAUUUGACCUUCACAGGCCUCAUCUACUGCCACAGCUUCUCCCUCCUCUGCAGACUCUCUCCACUAACUCAGCUUAAAGGACUACUCAGCAGCGCUUAUUUCACUGUCACAUCUCACGAAAUCAAUAAAUCAUUAAUAAUUACUUUCAAAUCCCCGCCACCUCUGGCAGUUUAACUCAAAGUCCAUUGAUUCAGUCAGUCAGCUGACUGAUAAUAUCUUUGAUAAUGACACUGUAAAGCUAAUUUUUCCACAUUGUAACUUUAAACAGAAGGGACGUUUGUGUGUUUCGAUCACAUUAAAUUGGUUGUUGUUGUCUGCAGGGUAUCGCCUUUCAGACCAGUUCUACGGCACACUGAUAGAGAAGUUCGAUCGACAAAGGAAGGGACAGGUCGCCUUUGACGACUUCAUCCAGUGCUGUAUUGUACUACAGGUAAUCUAAUUACACCGAGUAUGAAAUGAAGUUUUCUGUGUUUGAGUUAUCUGGCUUUAUGCCACUCUUAGAAAAGUUGUACAAAGUCUAAUUUAAUUUAAAUACAAUUCGUGUUGAAUUGUCCAUCUCCAUUACAUGAUGGAAGCAGCUAAUCAGGUGAGCUAUAGGAAUAAUAAAACAGCUUUAAGGCACCCGUAACUCAAACUUCACUUGGUCUAAUCCAAGAAUUUAUACUUGUACUGUAUUUACAUUUUUCCACACAUCAGUGAUUGAAUGUAUGUUUUUUUUCUCUCCCUGUUUCCACAGAGGUUGACUGAUGUCUUCAGGCGGUACGACACGGACCAAGAUGGUUGGAUACAGGUCUCAUAUGAACAAUAUCUAUCCAUGGUCUUCAAUAUAGUAUAACACGCACACAAUCACAACAGAAGAGCACAACUGGACACACCUGUGCCAAAGCUAUGGGCACCUCCUGGAUGUCUGCCAUGGUGGACACUACAAGAUUUUUUUUAAUACUCCUAUUUGUAGCCUCAGACGGGCUGUUUCACGUGAAUACAUAGAAAAUAACAAAGAAAAAUUGAAGAACCUCCAGUUUUGGAGGCUGGAAGUUUUGGUCAGAGUUUAAAAAAAAUGCUUGCUGCACCAAAAAGAAAAGACAAAAAAAGAGAAAAAAUCUUGUAGUGUGUUUUUGGAUGACCAAACGGAGCUAUAUCUGCGUGUGGGUGGGGAGUAAUAUCACAUCCUGUCUUUUUGUCAGUCAGUCUGUCUGUUAUUGUCAACAAACUUUUUAAUGUCUUAACUUGAAUCGAUAGAAUUAAAAAGAGACGCUCCGUUGAGAGUGAAAGUGGUGCGUUGUAAAUAUGAUUUAAGAUUGCAUGCUUUUCAGGGACAUCAAACCCUACAUUGAAGCAUGCUUUCCCUUUUCUCUCGUCUUUUCCUCAGCUCUGUUUUGCUCAAAGCCAUGUUUACAAAAACAGUGAAAGCAGAUAAACCCCUGCUUUGAGAUUCACUGACAUGCCAGCUUACAUGCCAUAUUUGUACAAACUUAUUUUUAAAAAGAAAAUCUUCAAAUGUUUAAACAUAUAAUUUUUGGUAGAGGGUAAGCAUAAUGCCUUUAGUAUGGCUUAUUUUUGUGCAUGAUGCCUUAAAAAGUGUGAAAACAACACAACAAAAGAAAAAUCUUUUAUUAAAAAAAAAAUGAAAACCUGAAGUGGAGUUUGUUUUUAUUAUUUACAGUGGAUAUAAAAAGUCUACAGACCCCUGUUGAACUGCCAGGUUUUUGUGAUGUAAGGAAAUGACAGCAAGAAAAAUAUUUUCACAACUUUUUCCACCUUUAAUGUGACCUAUAACCUGUACAAUGCAAUUGAAAAACAAACUGAAACCUUUAAGGGGAAAAAUAAAACUGACUGGUCUUUGUAACUGUUCAUAAUUCCCUCCACCCUGACUAAGGCACCAGUUCCAGCUGAAGAAAAACAGCCCCAAAGCAUGAUGCUGCCACCACCAUGCUUCACUGUAGGUAUGCUGUUCUUUUGAUGAUGAGCAGUGUUGAUUUUGUGCCAAAUAUACCUUUUGCAAUGAUGCCCAAAAAGUUCAACUUUGGUUUCAUCAGACCAUAACACAUUUUACCACGUGUUUGGGAGAUUUCAGAUGUCUUUUUUCAAUAUUAAGCCGGGCUCUGAUGUUUUUCUUUGUAAGAUAAGGUUUCCGUCCUGCCACCCUACCCCAUAGCCCAGACAUAUGAAGACAGCAGGAGAUUGUUGUCACAUGUUCUACACAGCCAGUACUAGCCAGAAAUUCCUGCAGCUCCUUCAGUGUUGCUGUUGGCCUCUUGGUAACCUACAUGACCAGUUUUCUUCUUGUCUUAUCAUCAAUUUUGGACGGACGUCCUGUUCUUGGUAAUGUCACCAUUGUGCCUUAUUUUCUCCACUUGAUGACAAUCUUCACUGUUUCCCAUGAUAUAUUAAAUUCCUUGGAAAUUCUUUUGUAGCCCUCACCUGACUGAUAUCUUUGAAUAAUGAGAUCUCUCUGAUGCUUUGGAAGCUCUCUGCAGACCAUGGCUUGUGCUGGAAGAUGUGGCUACAAAAAUAUCAGGAAAAACCUACUAGAACAGCUGAACUUUAUUUGGAGUUAAUCAGAGGCACUUUAAUUGAUGACAGGUGUGUGCUGACUCCAAUCUAACCUGAGUGUGAAUGUUAUUGGUUAAAUCUGAACACAGCCACAUCCCCAGUUAUUAAAGGGUGUGCACACUUAUGCAACCACAUUAUCUCAAUUCUUUUUACUUCACCUCCCUGAAAGAUUUCUGUUUGUUUUUUAAUUGUGUUGUACAGUUUAUUGGUCAAAUCACAUUAUAGGUGGAAGAAGUUGUGAAA